AUGUUAAAUAGAACAGGACUAUUCAAGAAUUCUUUGAGGCAGUUCUCAUCUUCAGUACGAAACCUGCAGACUGCAAAUAGCUCAGGUUUGCCUUUUAAUUACAAUGAAAAUGAAUUAGUCGAAGAAAAGACAACGGAGACCCUAGAACAACGGAGACCAGUCCAUCCUCUUUCAGAGCUAGGGGAUAGACUUAAUCAAGAAUUAAAAGAUCAGAAAGAUAUUAGUACUGUGUAUACGGAUUUUAAGGAUGGUAUUAUGAAAUUUAAGAAAUCUAACUUUGCAGAAUCGAGAUUACAGAGAUCGUUCGGGUUAAAUAGUGUGAUCUCGAGAUUGAUUCAUUCCUCCAUUACCAGCAAUGAUUCUAAGAUUGACCCAUAUGAAAUUUUGACUAAUGUUUGUGAUUCCCAUCUCGCAAGACCACAACAUUUCGAAAUUGUUAUGGAGCACUUCUUGUCACACAAAUUACCCCAGGACGUAAUGAGUCUGUGGAUCAAAUAUUUGUCCCUAAUUACUGAAAACCCUGAUGUUACUGUUGCGUUCCGUGGUAGAGAUCCACAUAAGAAUAUUGUUGCGUUAACUACGGUAGCAUAUUUGUUGCUACCAAAUAAUGUUCCAGAUAUGUCUGUCUUAAACCAGAUUUUACAGGCUAAGGACCCUAAGGAUGUGACUGGUAAUGUGACCACCACCACAUUCGAUAAUAGUAUUCCAAUCGAUUUAAUAACUUCGAUUAUCAUGCAACGAGUCAAUGAAAAGGAUCAAUCUACGGCAUUAAAGAAUUUUGAGAUAUUAUUUAUGAAAUAUGUUAGUAACAAUACAGAAUGGUUGGCCAAAGAAUUAGAUAAUUCUUUUAAUUUAAGAAUGAUUCAAAAUUAUUAUAACAUAUACAAGAAUAGUAUCGGUAAUAUUGAAAAUAAUGAGUUUAACUCUGAAGUUGUAGCAAAGUUUAUGAAUACUUUUGUUAUGUUAAGGAGACCUAAUCAAUCAAUUAAGUGUUACAAUGAUUUUAAGCCAAUUUUUAAAGAUGAUUUAGAAGGUAUGACGAAAUUGAAUAAUGCUUUGUUGGUCACCGUGGCAGAAUUACCUGCAAACUCCAAGAUUUAUAAAUUGACUAGAAUUCAAGCUAUUUGGAAUUCAUUAGUAAAAGUCAAUGAGGAUAUCGCAGCUAGUUCUUAUGUUGCAUUAUUUGAAGCAUUGUUACAGUCCAAGAACCUCGAGGAAUUAGAAACUGUUUGGGAAAACGAUGUUCCAGAAGCUAUGAAAAAAGAUCAAGAUGUCAUGGAAGCUUAUUUGGAUUCUGUAUUGAGAUUGAAGAAUUCUGUGACACUUAAUGAAAUUACACAAAAAUUGCCAAAGGAUAUCAGAAAUAUUAAUUUGAUUAAUAGUGUCCUUUUGAAGAAUGUACAAUCUCCAGAAUUCAAAGUAGAUGUGUUUGAUAGCAUCUAUGAUAAAUAUUUUGGUAUAGGUAAAACGGCUAAUGGUGUUCCAAAGCAAUUACCAAACACAGAAACUCUUGCCAUUAAGAUGUUAGCCUCUUACACAGCCUCUAAUGACAAACCAAGCUUCGAUUUUAUUAAAUCCAUUAAUAUUGACCAAAGAUCAGACUUCAAUAGAUUCCUUAAAGUUGUAGAAGAUUUCAUUAGAGUGUCGCCCAAUAUUACACCUGUACGUGCAUUGUUUGCUGAGAUACAACAACCUUUGAACUCCAAAAAAUAUAAGUUGUUUAUAGCAGCUGAAUUUAUGAAGAAAGAAGGUUCAUCAACGGAAGCCGAACAACUAUUGAGAUAUUAUUUGGAUAAAGCGGAGAUUAAAAAGGACGGUAAGUCUUCUAUUAAAGCACAGUUUAUUAGAGAAUUAUUGGAUUCUCUUGCUGUUGGAUUUUGUCAACUUUCCUUAAGGAAAAAGAGUUUCCAAUUUGUACCAAAGAUCAACGAAUACUAUAGAUCAUUGAAGGAAGUAAAUCAAUCUGUCAGUAAUUCUACAUUAGUAACCAUCCUCCAUACGUAUGCUAUGUUAUGUCGUUAUUCUAAACAGAAACUGAGUCCGGAGGAGAUAACAAUUAUUCAAACUUUCUUGGGGGAUUUACAAAAACAGAAUUUCCACGUAAAUCAAUCUGAUAUUAGAAUCCUAACCUCAGCAGGAAUCAAAGUUCCUGAAAAACUAGUCAAGGCAAGACCACCAAAGAAAAGUUCAGAGGAGAACGAAACCACAUCUGCAGAAGAAGUUAAUUCGAACACCCAGGCCACUACUAUAUAG